AUGAAGAAGAAAAGUAAAAAGGACGAAAAGGACAAAAUUGAAGUUAAGAAAGAUAAAAAGGAGUUAAAAUCAAAAAGAACAGAAGUGAAGCUAAAAAAAGAUAGAAGUGCUGUAAAAGACUAA